UAAUAAAUGUUUGUAAUAAUUAGUUAUAACAACUAGAAAAAAUUGAGCAGAGAAAAGAAAAAGGCAAAUGAUGAAAUGAUUGAGCUAUAAUCUCUCUAUCUGGUGGGCGCAGGUCCUACUACUCUGGUGGUAUCCACGUCAGUUUCUUCCAAGUCGGUUGGUGAAAUUCUCAGCUGGAACAAAAAAGUACCAAACUUCCCAUAUCCGUACCACCUUCUUCAAACCCCAAUAAUUUGUCUCAAACUCAAAAAUUAUCAAAUCAAAUUCAUUUUUUUGGAUUUAUACACAUCUGGAAUCGGCGUAGUUUGAGCUUUAAUGUCGUUGUUGCGCAAAUUCUUUUUUAGGAAACCCCCAGAUGGGUUGAUCGAGUUGUGCGAACGAGUUUACGUUUUCGAUUGUUGUUUCAGUACUGAGGCUUUGGAUGAAGAGAGCUACAAGGCUUAUACUGGGAAUAUAUUUAAUCAGUUUCGAGAUUUUUUGCCUGAUGCUUCGUUCUUGGUGUUUAAUUUUCGUGAGGGAGAGACACAAAGUGAGAUGGCUAAGGUUUUGUCUGAGUAUGAUAUGACCAUAAUGGACUACCCUAGGCAGUUUGAGGGUUGCCCAGUUCUCAAAAUGGAGUUAGUUCAUCAUUUUCUGAGAUCAAGUGAGAGUUGGCUUUCACUUGGGCAACAGAAUGUGUUGUUAAUGCAUUGUGAGCGAGGUGGUUGGCCUGUUCUUGCUUUUAUGUUGGCUGCAUUGUUGAUUUACAGGAAGCAGUAUAGUGGGGAACAAAAGACGUUGGACAUGGUCUACAAGAUGGCUCCCAAUGAACUGUUACAUUUACUGACAUCAUUGACACCGUUCCCUUCUCAGCUUCGGUAUCUGCAGUAUGUCUCGCGAAGGAAUAUUGUAGCCUCAGAAUGGCCUCCACAGGAUAGGUCACUGAGGUUGGACUGCAUCAUGCUGAGGUUCAUUCCCGAUUUCGGGAAUGGGGGUUGCCGUCCUUUAUUUCGAAUAUAUGGACAAGACCCGGUUGCUGGUGCAGAUCAAGCUCCCAAAGUAUUGCACUCAACUCCAAAAAGAAACAAACCCAUCCGCACUUACAAGCAGGAAGAAAGUGAACUGGUUAAAAUUGACAUCAAUUGCCUUGUUCAAGGUGAUGUUGUGGUCGAGUGUGUUAGCAUGAAUGAUGACAUGCAGUGGGAAGAGAUGAUGUUCCGAUUUAUGUUUAAUACUGCUUUUAUUAGGUCCAAUAUUUUGAUACUUAAUCCUGAUGAAGUCGACAUGUUGUGGGAUGCUAGGGAUAAAUUUCCGAAGAACUUUAAAGCAGAGAUUCUUUUCUCUGAGAUGGAUGCUGCAACUUCAAUCAUUAGACGUAGUGUCUCGUUAUUUGAGGAAAAGGAGGGUCUUCCUGAAGAGGCAUUUGCUAAAGUUCAAGAGUUCUUUAGUCACGUGGACUGGUUAGAUCUGAGGGCUGAUGCUGCCUUGAAUGCCCUCCAACAAAUGAGUGUAUCCCCCCAUACUGUCCAUGAAAAAUCCGAUAAUGAUUCUCAUAAGAGUGCUGAAACUGGUGUUUUGCAGCAACUUCAGAAAACAAGUCCAAAAGAGGAUCAAAAGAAAAUGAAUUUCACCAAGUCAGAUGAUGCCUUACCUGAGAAUCUGGAGGUCACUUGUCCAAUGACUGCAUCUUUAGGUGUCUCAAACUCCACUGUUGGUAUAUCACCUGAACCUUUGGGUUCCAAUAGUAUUUUUCUUGCCCCGUUGACACCUUGCAAGCCCAGGCCUUUACAACCUCACUUGAUUGGUAAUACCAUAUCUCCUUCACAAUCACCUCCACCUCCACCUCCACCUGCUCCACUGCAACCAUAUCACAUUUCGACUUCAGAGCUUGAAAAUUCAUCACCAAGAAAAGGGGCCAUAACAUUAUCACAAGAUGAAGCUCAAACAUCAAAAACAAGCUCCUCAACUACUCCUGGAGCUCCAACCUCAACUACCCAUUUUGGAAAUAUUUCAUCUAGCCCACCCUCUUCCCCUACAAUUGAUGCAAUUAGUUCUUCAACUCAGCCUCGGAGAACUCCAUCUAGAAAACCCCCACCAUCUCCAAUCACUCCCGCUCCUUCUACGCCAUCUUUAAGGGAAAGCCUUCAAGCUAGACCUCCUCCUCCUCCACCACCCCCACCCCCUCCUCCCAUAGAUAAUGCAAUUACGUUAUCAACUCAAUUAACUCAAAUUCCAUGCAAAACGACUCCACCACGACCACCUCCCCCUCCUCCUACACUACCCUCAAGGGAAAAUACUUCUAUUGGUCCUAGAACUCCUCCACCACCUCCUCCUCCUCCUCUUCACCCUGGCGCUCGAACCCCUUCUUCAGUGCCACCACCGCCUCCUCCUCCUUUUCACCUUGGCCCAAGAACCCCUUCUUCAGUCCCACCACCACCACCUCCUCCUCUUCACCCUGGCCCUCGAACCCCUUCUUCAGUGCCACCACCACCUCCUCCUGCUCCUUUCCUCUCAUCAAAACAGUCAAAGUCCACUUCACAGACCUCUUUAUCUGCUCCUUCAGUUCCCCCACCCCCUGCUCCUUUCCUUAGUAGGACAAAUAGUUCCUCUAAUGGUGGAAAAGGACGAUUAUUGCGCACCAUCAGUUCCAAAAACAAUAAAAAAUUGAAACCAUUGCAUUGGAUGAAAAUAACAAGAGCAACACAAGGAAGUUUGUGGGCUGAGGCACCAAAAUAUGGUGAAAAUGCAAUAGCUCCAGAGAUUGACAUGUCAGAGCUUGAAAGUCUUUUCUCAGCAGCACUUCCAAAUUUAACAAACGGGAGGAAAUCUAUGAAGCGUGGUUCAGUUGGAUCUAAACCUGAGAAAGUGCAACUGAUUGAUCACAGACGAGCAUACAAUUGUGAGAUUAUGCUUUCGAAGGUGAAAGUUCCAUUGCAUGUGUUGAUGAAUUCAGUGCUCUCCCUGGAAGAUUCAGCUUUAGAUGUUGAUCAGGUUGAAAACCUCAUUAAGUUUUGUCCAACAAAAGAGGAGAUGGAACUUCUUAAGGCCUACACUGGAGAAAAGGAGAAGUUAGGGAGAUGUGAACAGUUCUUCUUAGAAUUGAUGCAAGUACCACGUGUAGAAUCUAAACUCAGAGUCUAUUCAUUUAAGAUACAGUUCCGCUCUCAGAUUUCUGAUCUUCGCAAUAGCCUCAAUAUUGUGAACUCUGCAACAGAAGAGAUCAGAAACUCAAAUAAAUUGAAAAGAAUCAUGCAGACAAUUCUUUCACUAGGAAAUGCUUUGAAUCAAGGAACUGCUCGUGGGUCUGCUAUUGGAUUUAAGCUGGAUAGCCUUCUUAAACUGACCGAGACUCGAGCACGGAACAACAAGAUGACUCUCAUGCACUAUCUUUGCAAGGUAUUCGCUGACAAACUACCUGAAGUUCUAGAUUUUUCUAAAGAUCUCGGGAGCUUGGAACCUGCCUCAAAGAUACAACUAAAAAUUUUGGCUGAGGAAAUGCAAGCCAUAAGCAAGGGAUUGGAGGAAGUUGUUCAGGAAUUGUCCACAGCAAAUAAUGAUAGUCUUGUACUGGAAAACUUUUGCAAGACCUUGAAAGAGUUUCUCCAAUAUGCUGAAGCUGAAGUGAGAUCAUUAGCUUCAUUGUAUUCUGCCGUGGGUAGAAAUGCGGAUGCCAUGAUUCUUUAUUUCGGAGAAGAUCUUGCUCGGUGCUCGUAUGAACAAGUUGUUUCAACUUUGCUCAACUUCACAAGAAUGUUCAACCAAGCCCACCGGGAAAACUGCAAGCAACUCGAGCUAGAAGCAAAGAAAGCCGCAGAAAGCAAAAAUAUCAAGAUUGUUGAUUCGCAUAAACGGUCUGAAGAGUAUGUCAAUGUAUGAUCCAGUAUGCCUGGAACGGAAUUCAAACUAUCGACUCGCUGCAAAGACUGUUCUUUGUUAAAUUUUGAAGAGAAAAUGUAUAUUUGUCGGUAAAGGGUUUUUUUUUUUCUUUUCUUUUUUUUUUUUUUCGGUAAAAGCAAAGAGUUCAAUCAAAAGGAGUUAGGCCAGUAGCCCACCGCACAUUACGCCGCCGAGCCGGCCAUCUAAGAGGUAACUAACAUACUUACCACACCAAGUUCAUAUUCAUUGUUGACAGGCAUAAUUAAAUCCACACACACAAACACAAAUUCAUUGUUGUAAGUAUGAAUAAAAAAAGAGUUAAAAUUUUGGUACCAGUUUCUGCA